ACAUAUGCACUUAAGAAUGAACUGCUCUGGAAUGUAUGGGGGUUAGUCCUAUGAAUGCAAGGUUCCUCAAAAACAGAAAUAUAGUUUAGUGUAUUCAGACGAAAGUGAGUAGGAGUUUAAAAUUAUGAGUAGGUGUAAUCCUAUUGGAUAUUAUGAUAGAGAGAGGUCUAGAAGCUACAAUUUUUCUGAACCUCCUUCCCUGAAGCGUAUGGCAGUAGUGUCGUUUGCAAUUGGGCUAUGGACGGCUCCUGAUAUAAGGAAUGAAAUGACAUCUUCUUUCUUAUCUUCUUUCUCAAACUAUAGCGGAGAUAAUGCUGAGUUGGAUAGAAGAAUAUUAAACAAAUUGUCCGAUAACUCUUUGCCCUCAUCGCUGAAGACUGAAGUCUCAUACGUUAUUCGACCCAUUAAGUUGCAGUUGUCGAAAGCGCUUCGUAGUUACUGUAGAUGGACAGGAUAUCAAAGAAAUCUCUGUGAGUAUUACAUGAAGCAUGGUACAAUUUAUUGGACAGUUGAGGGGACUGUUGACAAAGUGAAAUCCCUUAAGGAACUAUUCGAUAAUGGAAGCUUAAGAAGCUUAGAUAUUUGUGAUUUGUAUGAGAUAGCCUGCUCUCACUGUUUAGGGGAAUAUGCUUCAAUUUUGUGGGAGAAAAUUCCAGAACAAUUUAGAAACAGCUUUAGAAUGCGCAGGGAUUAUUUGAUAACAUAUUGGACAUGUGUCCUCGACAAUAAUUUAGGGAGUUUUUUAACUAGACUCAUAGAUUAUGAAAACAUAUACGACAAUAACUUUAGUAUUGAUGUAAAUAUGAUUGCUGUAUCGAUUCGAAUUGGCAACAUAGUUGCCCUAAAGUAUUUUUGGAAAAAAUUGUCGGAGCAGGAGAAAAACGAUCAUUUGAGUAAGUGGCUUUUGCAAACUUCUCAGCGUAUGAGAGUUCUAAGUGAUAUACCUUAUCAGGAUUCUUCAGAAAUUUUAGAUGUUUUAUGUUUUCUAUUAUCUCAUGUCAAUCGUAAAAAUCAAAUAACCGAAUUUUUUCGGAAUCAUUCUCGAGUAUUAAAGCUUUUGUUCCAAAGUUGGCCAUAUCAAAGAAUAUUCCUGUCCACUAUUUUGGAGCUAUUGGAUUUACUUCAAGAAGACAUUUAUUCGGGUAUAAUGCUGAAUAUUAGUCUUAAUGGAAAUAAAAUGGGAAAUGAAAUGAUGAUUUUUAAGGAAAUAUGGAGUGCCAGUCCUUUAAGACUAAGACGAUCAUUUUUGAAAUAUGAAUUUUGCGGCGUAGUGUUGUUGCGUUUGCUGGAAUUAGAAAAUCUAGACAUGGCUGUUAGGAUAUUUAAUGAUGCUUCCAAAGAAGAGAUUAAACUAUUUAUCUGUUUUAUGUUUGGUCAGCCUGAAUUUAAGCGUGCAAUUUAUUCAAGCAAUCUGAAUUCAUUCCACCUGUUAUUAUCAAAAUCUACCUUGCCACUAGAAUGUUAUCCCUAUAAAAUCACUUGCAACGAGCUGAUAAUAUCGUGGCUUAGUCGACUUAGCGAUUGGCAUAUUUGUAUUGAGUGGAUAUGCGAUGGCAACAUCCAAGCAGUUGAAUCUUUCUUGAGAUGGGCUUAUCAAUAUGUGCGAAUUGAAACGUUUAGGAAAGCUCUACGGUCUCGGUAUGUUAUGUAUUUGGCAUUAAUAUUUAUGUCCAACUAUGAGUUCGUGGACCAGUUUAUGAAUUGGUAUUUCGAGACGAGAGAGAAAUUUCGACAAUUUAAAGCAGACUUUUUACGAAGAGAGGAUAAUUAUUUUUUCAAGCGAUUCAUAGACAUGCCAUUCAUUGUAUCAAAAAGAGAAGGGGAUGUGUUACAAAAAUUUAUAAACUACAACUUGUCUUCUCUAGAAAACGUUGCAGAAUUUCGACUUAUUUGUCGUAAUUGUAUAGAGUAUGCACUGAGUAAAGGUUUUCUUGAAAGUGCCACUUUGCUUUUGAAUGCAUCUUUUGAUAAUAUCAUUGAAGUAAAGCGAUACAAAAACGAACUUAUACUAUCUGAGAAAGGAAUUAAAAAGGAUUUAAUCUUAAAGCAAUCACUAACUGAUGCUGACUGGAAUCAUGUGAAAGAAAUUGUAUUGUGGUCGUCACCUCUAACCCUAAAUACAGUCACCAAAUUAAAGUCACUAAUUCUGGAGCAAAAGACUAGUCACUCUUUCCAAGAUGAAUUGAAUCCACAGAUUUCAGCUCUCCUUGAUUUACUGGAGAAUGUUGUUGAAAAAGAUGAUAGUUGAACAUUUUUUUGCGAUCAAAAACGAAUUUAAAUAAAAUCAUGUUCACCGUCAAAAGUAAAAUCAUGUUUACUGCACAAUCACUGUCAAACUAUAAAUUGUCUUAUAAUAAAUAGAUGACUCCA